UCUCUCUCUUUUUCCGGCAUCGUGUAUGCUAGUGGACACAUUUCAUCGGAGCUAGAUCACAAUGGCCGAUACAGCUAAGAAGCCAGCUGCCAAGAAGGGCGCCGAUAAGGCCGCCAAAGGUGCUAAAGCCGCCCCAGUUGUGGUGAAGGGUGUCAAGAAGUCGCAAACCAAGGAGGCAAUUUUGGCUCGUACCCACAAGCCCAAGGGACAACGUACUGCAAAGACAGCUCUGCCCUACCAGAAGAAAAGCUACGGACGCCUAUGGGCUAAAGCGGUUUUCACUGGAUACAAGCGUGGUCUCCGCAAUCAGCAUGAGAAUCAUGCCAUCCUGAAGGUUGAGGGUUGCCGUAACCGUAAGAACGUCCUGUUCUACAUCGGCAAGCGCUGCGUGUAUGUUUACCGAGGAAAGGCGAAACGUAAUGCACCUGGAGCCGCUGAAAAGAAGUCUAACAUUCGCGCAAUCUGGGGCAAAAUUACCCGCUCCCAUGGUAACAGCGGCAGUGUGAGGGCCCGUUUCAAGACUAACCUGCCUGGACACGCUAUGGGACAUCGCAUCCGGAUCAUGCUGUACCCAUCCAGGAUCUAGGUGAACUAAACUUACUGUGUAAAUUUAAAACAAACCACAAUAAACGAAAGAGGUUAUUCCUAUAAACAGCUA